CCGUGGGGCCAGCAGCGUCUGCAGCGGCGCCGGCCCCGCGCCCCGGCGCACUCGGCCCGGCCAUGGAGCUGCCAGCUGUCGGCGAACACGUCUUCGCCGUGGAAAGCAUCGAGAAAAAGCGGAUCCGCAAGGGCAGAGUGGAGUAUCUGGUGAAAUGGAGAGGCUGGUCCCCCAAAUAUAACACGUGGGAACCCGAGGAGAACAUCCUGGAUCCCCGGCUGCUGAUCGCCUUCCAGAACAGGGAACGGCAGGAGCAGCUGAUGGGAUAUCGGAAGAGAGGCCCGAAGCCCAAGCCGCUGGUGGUGCAGGUACCUACCUUUGCCCGUCGCUCCAAUGUGCUGACUGGACUCCAGGACUCCUCCGCUGACAAUCGAGCCAAGCUGGAGCUGGGUGCGCAGGGCAAGGGCCAGGCGCACCAGUACGAGCUCAACAGCAAGAAGCACCACCAGUACCAGCCGCACAGCAAGGAGCGGGCCGGCAAGCCCCCGCCGCCGGGCAAGAGCGGCAAGUACUACUACCAGCUCAACAGCAAGAAGCACCACCCCUACCAGCCGGACCCCAAGAUGUACGACCUGCAGUACCAAGGCGGCCACAAGGAGGCGCCUAGCCCCACCUGCCCGGACCUGGGCGCCAAGGGCCACCCAACCGACAAGUGGGCCCACGGCGCGGGGGCCAAGGGCUACCUGGGAGCGGUGAAGCCCCUAGCUGGGUCGGCAGGAGCUCCAGGCAAGGGCGCCGAGAAGGGCCCGCCCAACGGCAUGACGCCGACCCCCAAGGAAGCGGUGACGGGCAACGGGAUUGGGGGCAAGAUGAAGAUCGUCAAGAACAAGAAUAAGAACGGCCGCAUCGUGAUCGUGAUGAGCAAAUACAUGGAGAACGGCAUGCAGGCGGUGAAGAUCAAGUCCGGCGAGGCGGCCGAGGGCGAGGCGCGCUCCCCCAGCCACAAGAAGCGCCCGGCCGAGGAGCGUCACCCCCCGGCCGACAGGACUUUCAAAAAGGCAUCGGGCGCCGAGGAGAAGAAGGCGGACGCGCCCUCCAAGAGGAGGGAGGAGGAGCCGCCGGGGGCCGGAGACCCGCAACCCCAGGACGCCGCCUCCCGCAAGCUUUCCCCGGCCAAGGAGGCCUUCGGCGAGCAGCCCCUGCAGCUCACCACCAAGCCCGACCUGCUGGCCUGGGACCCGGCUCGGAGCACGCACCCGCUCCCCCACCACCACCACCAUCACCACCACCACGCCGUCGGCCUCAACCUCUCCCACGCGCGCAAGCGCUGCCUCUCGGAGACCCACGGGGAGCGCGAGCCUUGCAAGAAGCGCUUGACGGCGCGCAGCAUCAGCACCCCCACCUGCCUGGGGGGCAGCCCGGCCGCCGAGCGCCCCGCCGACGGGCCGCCGGCUGCCGCCGCCGCCCUCCCACAGCCUGAGGUCAUCCUGCUGGACUCGGACCUGGACGAGCCCAUAGACUUGCGCUGCAUCAAGACGCGGGGCGAGGCCGGGGAACCGCCCAGCUCCCGCCAGGUGAAGCCCGAGGCGCUGGCGGCGGCGGCGGUGGCGGUGGCCGCGGUGCCGGCGACAGCGGCGGAGAAGCCUCCUGCAGAGGCCCAGGACGAGCCCGAGGAGCCGCUGGCCGAAUUUAAGCCCUUCUUUGGGAAUAUAAUUAUCACUGACGUCACCGCGAACUGCCUCACCGUCACGUUCAAGGAGUAUGUGACGGUGUAGCCUCACGUAGCCGGAGGGCGUCGGAAGGGGAAGUGUCGUCCCCUCUGGGGACCUAGCACCUGGGGCCUGGGGCAGACUCCCCCUCUUUCAGACCAGUGGAGAGCCUGCAGGUUCCCAAGGCCAGGACCCGGAAAUAACCGCGGAGCCACAGCCCUCCGUGUCCCCGCGGGGCACUGCCUCCCUUCACGCAGUGCCUGUGGGUCGCGGCCUCAGUCCCUCCCCUCCGCUGCCCACGCGGGAGGAGAGCUGCGCCGCUCUGCUCCCCACCCCUGUCCCGUGGGCCUGGGGACUGACAGGGCAGCCUGGCGCGGGGGUCGCAGAGUUAUAGUAUUAUAUUUUAACCGUGCUAACUUGUCAAGUGCUGACUUUGCUCCCGUUUGUACGUGGUGUUAUUAUUGAAAUGUAUUGUUUGAGCUCAAAAGGCCCAACCACCCCCUCCGGGCUGGUAUAUAUAUAUUUAUUUGUAGGUAUUUAUAUAUUGAAAUAUAAAAACCUAGAUUUAUGGAGUUUCCUCUAGAUCAUGUUAUAUUCUAUAUCAGACAAACUAUUUUCUGUUGCCCUUUCUCCCCCGUCAUUCAGUAUUUCAGUUGAUUUCAUUUCUUACCCUCCUCCCUCCCCAGCACCUGCAAUACCGGUGACCUUGGUAUAUAUUUUUUGAUACUGUACACAUGGAUGUCUUGUUUCUAUGUGCAAAAAAAAAAAAAAAGUUUGUUAAAAGGCUAAACAAGCUGUCUAGAAACUGCUGCUAUUAGAAAUGUCUGAAGUCUGAGCUUCCGGUUAUUACCUGCUUGAAUGUAAAUAUUAAACGGUGAUGUUGAAGGUG